AUGAGGAGGAGUACACUGGCGACGCCCUCUCGGCCUCCACCCUCCGACCAGCACCACCCACAGCGCAACACGGUGGGGGCCGCAGAAUCCGCCGCCGCCACGUCCACACCCGGCGGCGGUGCCUUCUGGAUUGCCCCGCAGCCGUUUGACGCGUACAUCGUUCUGGACUUGGAGGCGACGUGUGAGGCGGGCCGACGCAUCACAGACGCCGAGGUGAUCGAGUUCCCGAUGGUCCUGGUCGACCCUCGUACCGCAACACAGGUAGCGGAGUUCCAGCGCUAUGUGCGACCAGUGAAAAAUCCCAUGCUCUCGCGCUUCUGCACCGAACUGACGGGCAUCACGCAGAACAUGGUAAGCCACCGCGACCCGUUCCCUGUGGUGUACUGCGAGGCACUGCAGUUUCUGGCCGAGGCCGGACUCGGCGAUGCACCGCCACUGCGCAGCUACUGCGUUGUCACGUGCGGCGACUGGGACCUGAAGACAAUGCUGCCGUCACAGAUACGUAUCAGCGGGCAGCAAGGCACGCCUCUCUCAUUCCAGCGGUGGUGCAACCUGAAGAAGUACAUGUCGGGGCUGGGCUUGAGGGACGGGGGUGAGCGUGGCGGCCCAACUGAUAUGCCUGACAUGCUGCGGAUCCUCGGCCUCCCGCAUCAGGGGCGUCAUCACAGCGGAAUCGACGACUGCCGCAACAUCGCCGCAGUUCUUUGCGCAUUGCUGAAGCGCGGCCUCGUCGUGGAUACCACUUUUGCUACCGAACCCUUUGAGCGCUGGCACGCGCCGGCAGAAGCACAGCUUCCUGCCUUGCAAGAACUGCGUAGCACCUUGGCCGACGGCGCUAUACAACACUCAAGGGAUCUGCCUCCGCCGCUGUCGCAUGCCCGGACAGAGGAUAAUGCCCCACAAGGGGAGAAACAGCAGCAGCAGCAGCAGCAGCAACCGCCGACGCAAGCAAGAAAGGGGCGUUCGGCAUCCCAACCAGCAUUUUCAGCCAACCUCAUUUUGCCAGCCCUUGGCAUUGAUACAAAUCGCGAUGCUGUGCAGGAGCUUCUCUCCGACACGAAUGCGGCCACCGCCGCCACCUCUUCGCGAGUGUUCGAUAAGGAGGAACUCAAGACCACAUCAAAGUUUAUGUCUGCCCUGCUCCGCCAUAAGGCGGUCCAGUGGCGAGUGCCCAUCACCUCCAAUGGCUACGUGCUGCUUGACGACGUCCUGCGUCAACCGCAGAUGAGGAGGAAACCGCAAGUCUCAGUGCAGGAUGUCGCCAGGAUGGUGCGCGACUCUGACAAGCAGCGCUUCCAGUUAGCGUAUGGUGCCGCAGACGGCCGUCUCUACAUUACUGCCACGCAGGGACACAGCAUCGAUGGUGUUGAGCCGAAGCUACGAACGCUGACGAGCGUGGAAGAGGUGCCAAUGGCUAUCCAUGGCACCUACUGGGAGGCCUGGAAGACGAUUCAGCGCUGCGGUUACCUCAGCGCCAUGACGAGGCAGCACAUCCACUUCGCCAAGGGACUCAUGAACGACGCACAAGUGAUAAGCGGCAUGCGCAAUAACGUGCAGCUCUUCAUAUACCUGGACGUCGCGGCAGUGCUCGCGGACGGCGUGGCACUGUAUGAGUCCACUAACGGCGUUAUCCUCACCCCCGGUGUGGGCGACACGCGUCAGCUGCCUCUCAAGUACGUGGCCAAGGUGGUGGACCGCAGCAGUGGCUGCAUCAUCUACCCUGUGUGA